AUAUCUAGCAUUCUACUGUAGUGGCAACGAUGAUGGCCGUGUCUCUGCAGCUGCGCCCAAUCCCUCGUCUCCCUCCGUCGAGAAAUCGCUGCGCAGGCACAAGUCCGCGGAUGGCCGCCUUGAGCUGCAGAUACAACCAGCCUACCAAUGUGCAAGGGCGAACAAGGCUCACAAGCCACAUAACACGCAGAGAUGCCCUGUCGUUCAUGUCAUCCGGCGUGCUGGCCGCAUUCGUGCUCGUGGUGGCCAGUCCGGCAGAAGCUAGACCUUCGAGAUUGGAGAACAAAAGGAAAGCCCUGGAGAAGCUUGAGAAGCUCCGGGAGAAGGCGUUAGGCCCGAAGGAGAAGAGCGGAGCCACCGGUAACGGUAAGGAGAUGCCCCCUCCGGCGAACUUGCUAAUCCCUCCUGCCGCCGUGGAGGCUUUCUUGUGAAAGGCAGUCUGCCGAUGGACCCUUCCCUUGUGUUAAAUGGCGAGGCUAGUCUGAGUUUGUACGUUGUUGGAGUCUUGUAUGACUAUGCCAACUGGAAAAUGAAAUGAAAGUGAGCUUGCAUGCU